AUGGGCUAUAAAGCCCUCGACGCACACAUGAAAGGGGAGAAACACAAGCGAUAUGCCGACAGUCAGGCAACAACUGUCCCCAUUCGGAUGUUUGCAGCAUCGGUCGGCCUAUCUACUGCAAAUGCCAAUGCUAACAUUGCACCCGCGUUGGUGUCUUCGGGGCCCAGUACAAGUACUACCUUCGAUACCUUGUCCAUCAUUGGGGGAAAUGAUGCUAAAGAGGGCAAAUGGAAGUGGAUGGUGCAACUAAACUUCACAACUGAUGGCAUCACUACGUGGGGCUGUGGCGGCACCAUCCUCAACGAUCAAGAAGAAGACUGGCGUCGAUCAAUGGUUGUGGUCGGCGCACGCAGCCUGGAUGAGGGGGUUGCCCGUUACAUGGCUAUAAAACAUUUCAUCAAACACCCGGAGUACCGAUCCUUUCACGGCGGCAAUCAGAACAACAUCGCCCUUAUCCAGCUGAAGAAAAAGCUGAAACCCGAACAUGUUACACCAGUGACUCUGCCCAACGCCAAUGAAGUCUUUGAUGAAUCAUCUGAAUGUUGGGUCACUGGCUGGGGGAAAGUUGGGAGGAAUGAACUGCCGGCUCCGAAAACCCUUCAGGAGGUGAAGCUUCCCAUCGUCCGCGCUGAUGUUUGCAAGAGCAAGUAUAAUUGGCUGUCUUCUGAUGUGCUUUGUGUAGGGGGCAAGUUAGGUGGCAUCGGUGCCUGCAAGGGGGAUGAGGGUGGCCCACUGGUGUGUAAAACUGCCAGAGGCUACGUGCAGGCGGGCAUCGUGAGUUUUGGGAAUGCUCAAGGCUGUGGUCUCCCUAAGGAACCUAGCGUCUACACCAGAGUGUCCAAGUAUCUGACCUUCAUCAACGAUUACAGCUACGCUUCAGGUGAGGUCUAA